AUGGGUGAAGUUAAUUCAAAUCAAUUAAAUACUAAUAGUGAUAUAACAAAAGUCGAUCCACAAGAAGAACAUUCAUCACUGUCAUCAUCAUCAUCAUCAACAUCAACUUUAUUUGUUUUUCAACCAUGUUUAAGCGAUGAUCGACCAGAAGAAACACUUCAUUAUCAAGUAAAAGCACCAUUAUGUAUAUCGCAACAAUAUGAAGAAGAAUUUUUUGAUCAUUUUCAUCUGAAUUAUUUUGGUGAACUUGAACGUGAAGGUUUAUUUUUAGCUUCUGUUCUGUCUAUUCGUACAAAACCAAAUGAAAGACAUAGAAAACCAUCAUAUUUUUAUUCAAUGACAACUGAUGACGAAAACCAACAUUUACUUCAAGCCAUUAUACGUACACUGGAUAACAACUAUGUUGUAUCGGAAAUAGUAAAUGUCAAAAAUGAAGGAAAUAUUUUACAAUUUCUAUUAGACAAGGCUAAAUUAUCACGUAUUUGUCAUGUUGAUCUUGUUCACGAUAUCAAAGCAAAUGAAAAAAUUCUUGAAUUCGACAAAUAUAAUGAUGACCAACUUUCGUAUAAAAUUAGUAUCCUUCAUCAACGUUUAAAUCAAUUAAAUGAAAUUGAAAUAUUAAGUAAUGAUAAAAUGUCGAUUGAAAUGGAAAAUUUUCUAAACUUAAUUAGUGAACUUGUUCAAUUAAAAAAUUUUAAUAAAUAUCGUGGUGAUCUUGAUACAAAAGCAGAUCAACAUGGAACUCAUUCUUAUUUUACCAUAUAUCAAAAUUAUCAAAUUAUGUUUAAUGUAGCACCAAUAAUUCCAUGUAAUAAAAAUGAUCUAGAAUUUAUUCAAAGAAAAAGUUUAAUUGGUAACGCAUUAAUAUGUAUUGUUUUUCAAGAAGAAAGUGAACUUUCAUUUACACCAGAUUUUUUUCUUGGAAAAGUAACACAAGUCUACAUUAUAGUCAAACCAAUUCAAAUCAAAUCUGAACUUUAUUACAAAAUUGAAAUUUGGCGUCGAGCUGAUAUUGAACCAAUAGUUGGUCCAUCGGGUGGUAUUUUUAAACAUGACGAAUCAUUUCGAGAUUAUUUUCUUACAUUAACUUUGAAAACAAUGGAUACUAUUUUAAAAAAAGAUUUUUUUCGUAAACGUUUUAUUGAACCAAGAUAUCAUUUGAAGAAUGAAUAUCUUAAAAAACUUUAUCAAAUGUUUUCUUCUUAUUCUAAAUAUGAUUUAUCAAUGUUAUGUGACAACAACAAUAAAAUAACUAUUGAAAAUUCCAGCAUAGGUGGAAAUAUAACGUCUAAAAAUCAUCGUCUUCGUGUGAUAGCAAAAAUAAUUGGAAAAUUAAAUACUAACAAUCGAUCAAAACAAUGCAUUCCAUAUACAGAAAAUAUGGAAGAAAUAAAUCCAUCAGACAAUACAAUAUCACCCAUAAUAACAAAACUAAAUCCUUGGAUAUCAUCUAAUGACAAAAUAAAAUCAAUUUCAUCUAUGAAAUCAAAUACUUUGCAUCCAAUCUCGCCAAUGAGAGUUCCAUCUCCAUUAUCACUAUUCCAUCGUAUUAUUCGCCAAGAAGAAGAAGAAGAUCCAACGUCAAAACAAUCAUCAGCAAAAACGAUGCCAUUAUUGGUUACAAAUAAAGCACAUUCUGUUGAAUCGAUUCCUGAAAUGCAAGAGAGAAAAACACAUAAUUUUGAUAAUAGUGAAAUAUUAAUCUAA